UUUAUCUUUUUGUAGGUAGGUUUGGAAAUUACGUGGAUUUGCUCAUUUUACCAGCCUACCAGCAUGAGGGUCCAUCCUCGACGUACUGUCUUGUAUCUCUCCUCAAGUGAAGUCUACUUAUAGCAGACGACCGACUCUCCAGGAGCCAAGUAGUCUCAGUCAGGCUCAGCCCUUCCAAUUUCCAAACCAGAACUUUUCUUCUCUCCGCCAGUUAAUUGAUCUUCUCCUCACCCACUAAAACAUUUCCAGUUUCCCGCUUUUUUAGAUACCAUCAGAACACCUCGAUCCGCUUUCUAAGUUUUGCUCUCCAUUGAAGCCAUGCGCCUGAUCGUAUCAAGCUUCUUAUAACAGAUGUGAUGUGGCUCUUCUAGAGCCGAGAUUUUCUCCUAGGUCCAGUCCUUCUCUCCUAUUUCGAUCUGGCAAAUUAAGGUUUUUCCAAGUUAAAACGUACGUACGCCAUGGCUAUGGUCACAAUAACCUCAGCCUGCAAUACCAUCCUCCCCAACGAAAAUAACAGUAGCAAUCAACGAGGCGCAUCUUUCUCCUCUUAUCUUAGUACUUCCGAACAGACAUUCAUACUAGAAUUGUCUGAGUCUGCCCGGAAACCAUCUUCGACCUUCAUUGACCCCCAAGAACCUCUCCACCAGAUAAGCAUAGGAAGAAAGAAAACCGAAGACGGUGAAAUCGAUGUCUUUGGUGCAGAAAAAUACUUCAACGGUGGGAUGGAUGAGGAGGAGGAGGAGGAGAAGCCAAGAAUUGCUGAGAUAAGUUCGAGGCAGCACCACCAACCUAGGCAAGAGGAGGAGCCAGUCGAUCUACAGCGCAGGAGAUCAAAAGUUAAACUGGGAACUCCGAGUACUUGUUCAGAAGCAAGUUAUAACAGCCGGAGUGCGCUACUUUCGAGUCGUUUCAUAUACCCGUCCCCAAGUAAGCAAAGCAAGACACGUAGCAGAAGAUUUUUCCCGGGCUUCGCUUGCAAUUGCGUGUGUUCUGAUAAGAAAUCCGUGGAUAUUGACUACGAAAUUGGGGAGAUCAAGAACUCAAGAAAUUCCAAGGUCAGUCAGGACAUUCAUGGGGUUCAAAAAAAACAAGCCGUCAAAAUCGAUCGUGUUGCAUUUGAUUUGGUCGGAAAUAAGCAAAUCCAGUUCAAAGAGGAAAUGGGUUGCCAGAAACCUGAUAAAGUGAGCGUUGGAUUAGGCAGAGAAGAGUGCUUUUCAUUCCCCGUGUUUAAUGCUGGGGUGGAAAAUCUGGCCAUUAGAAGGCAGUUUGAAGAGAUGAGGCGGGAGGAAGCAAAUCCCCGAAAGUCACUGGAGGUGUUCGGAUCCCCUAUCCUGCAGAAUGGAGGUGUCAACUUGAAUCUAGAAAGGAAGUUAAGUAUGUUGACUUGGGACGCCAUUCCUAGAGCCCAGAACACGACAGCAACUUCCGGCAGCGGCCGAGCGUGCGACGAUAUGGAGAGCGAUGCUAGUUCAGACUUGUUUGAGAUCGAGAAUCUGUCGAGCAAUGACAACCCGUUCCUGAUGAGGCAGACGUCCGACGCCAUGUGGCCCCUAUCAAGCUGUGCUACACCCACAUCAUGCUAUGAGCCAAGCGAGGCAAGCAUCGAGUGGAGCGUCGUCACCGCCAGCGCUGCCAAUUUUUCAGUAGCGUCGGAGGCGCCAUCAACUAUUACUUCGGAUUCUGAUGGGAUGAUUCUCAAAUCAACCACCACCACCAGAAAUGAAACCAAGACCAUGGCCACACCCAAGAACUUAGCGUCCAAAGAGGUCCAAAGACGGGGGCCUGGAAUUCUACUGGGAUGCAGGAGUCAGAAAGCACUGAAUGUAGCAGGGAAUGCACAUAGAGUGCCAGCGGACAAAGCAACGUUUGAGAUACGAAGAUGUCACAGGUCAGAGUCCUUCGCACCACCAAUGUCGAGGUUUCAGGCCGAAACCAAGGUGACGGACUAUGAGUCUGCACAUGCUCAACGGGCUUUCGGUACAUUCAUUCGCUCAGGCUACGGACGUGACUCAGAUUCUCUAUAUAUGUAAUAGAUACAUUCUCAUGACUAAGGCUCAUAUAUGUUUUAAUUGUCAUAAAUAUUAAUGGUCGUUAGUCCCUGUAUUUGGAUAUGUAGGGAGAUAUGAGUGUUGUAGGCGAUCCUAUCCUAUCCUAGCGUCGGCAGGAAAAGAUCUGGGUCGUAAUUGAUCAAAUCUAUUCUUACUUACAAGCUAUAGUUCAAUCUGCAAUAUUUCUUCAUUUCUGUUAA